GCGAGCCCAGGUCGGACUUCCUCGGAGCCUGGUGAUCGGCGACGCUCCCACCUCCGCCACCAACUCGCUGCCUCCACUCCGCCCAGCGCCCCCCCGGGAGCCCCGGACCCGAGCACGAUGUGGAAACGCUGGCUAGCGCUCGCGCUGGUGACGGUCGCCCUGGUCCACGGCGAGGAAGAACCGAGGAGCAAAUCCAAGAUCUGCGCCAACGUGUUUUGUGGAGCUGGCCGGGAGUGCGCAGUCACGGAGAAGGGCGAGCCCACGUGCCUCUGCAUUGAGCAAUGCAAACCUCACAAGAGGCCUGUGUGUGGCAGUAAUGGCAAGACCUACCUCAACCACUGUGAACUUCAUAGAGACGCCUGCCUCACUGGAUCCAAGGUCCAGGUUGAAUAUGACGGACACUGCAAAGAAAAGAAGUCUGUGAGUCCAUCUGCCAGCCCCGUUGUCUGCUAUCAAGCUAACCGUGACGAGCUCCGGCGUCGCAUCAUCCAGUGGCUGGAAGCUGAGAUCAUUCCGGACGGCUGGUUCUCUAAAGGCAGCAACUACAGUGAGAUCCUGGACAAGUACUUUAAGAGUGUCGAUAAUGGUGACUCUCACCUGGACUCCAGUGAAUUCCUGAAAUUUGUGGAACAGAAUGAGACAGCCCUCAACAUCACCACUUACGCCGACCAAGAGAACAACAAACUGCUCAGGGGACUCUGUGUUGAUGCUCUCAUUGAACUGUCUGAUGAGAAUGCUGACUGGAAACUGAGCUUCCAGGAGUUCCUCAAGUGCCUCAACCCGGCCUUCAACCCUCCAGAGAAGAAGUGUGCCCUGGAGGACGAGACCUAUGCAGAUGGAGCCGAGACCGAGGUGGACUGCAAUCGCUGUGUCUGUUCCUGUGGACACUGGGUCUGCACGGCAAUGACUUGUGAUGGAAAGAAUCAGAAGGGGGUCCAGACCCAGAGAGAGGAGGAGACGACCAGGUAUGUCCAGGGACUCCAGAAGCACCAGGAAACCGCUGAAAAGAUCAAGAAGGUAAACACCAAAGAGAUCUAAGAGGAGGCGCGGAGCACCGUGUCGGGAGCGCAGCACCUCUUCAGCGCUGAGCCCGGCAUACAGGAGCAUUCGCAGCGAUCACCAAAUCACCAGUAUUUGCUUGUACGGCCGUGAAUCCUAUUUUUGUUUGUUUUGCAAUAAAGGAAAUGAGGGUGGCUGGUUAGCAAGGGAAGGCCACAGCCUUCAUUUCUAGAAGCGCUUUAAGAGAAACUAAAGGGCACCUUGGGGCGAGGGGGAGGGGGGACCAGGUAAGGGAACCUCACCAGGAUGGCAGAGGCGCAGACCCAGGUCUGAAUGAAGCCUUUCCGGGUCACAGCAGCUGUGAGGGGGCAACGGGAAGAGCAGCGUGCGGUGUUAGGGGGAGGCAAUGGAGAGAAACCCUGCUGCCUUGACCCUUGUCAUCUGUCACCGUGACAUGCGCCUCCUGUUGGUCCCAAAAAUCACCUGAACACACACCCGUCCCACUGGUUCCCUGUGUCCCUCAGACUCGGAUGGAGUUUCCUAGAGGGUGUGUUUAAAUGAUGCAAAUUCUUAAUGUACUUCAAGCGCCAUGGAGACCUAACCAAAAUUUUAAAACACAUUUUUUUUUAACCAAAGGUGCUAUUUCUCUGUAAAAGAUGUUUUUUUUUUUUUUGCAAGCUGACUUCAUUCCUCAAUUAUUAUCAUUAUAUUAUUGUUGUUGUUGUUUUUAAAUAUUUCACUUUCUUGACUAGAUAUUAGGCUUUUGUAAUUAUUUUUUAUUUCAGUAGUCCUACCAUAUCAGAGGUGAUGGUAAAAGGGGUUUGGGCGUUUUCCGGGUACAGGAGACUAUGUAACACAGAUGGCCCCUUACCCUGCUACGUGCUAAAUUAGAUGCAGCCCAGAGGUGCAGUACCUAACCCAUGGCAUUCAGAAGGUCAGCAACAUGCCAUAAAGCACGAGGGGUGCCCCAGACAGACGCCAUAGAAUGAAGCAUCCUCAUAGACAGUUGUUGAGAUCCAAAAAGUUCAUUUGUUUUUGUUUCUUGUAAGAUGUUCAAAGGAUGGAAGCUCAGGCUAUCCCAGCUUGCCAUCCUCCAGUGAUCUGUAGUUAACUGGCAAGCGACUGUGGUCCUAUCUGCUCCUGUUUCUGGGUAUCGGUUUCCUUAGCGCAAUGAUUCGGAUGCAUCUUGAGAUUUGAUAAAUGAGAACAUUUGUGGCUUAGGUGACGGCUCCAGAGAGAGCUGGAGUCCUGUGAUUAGCUUACUUUCUCCUCAGGACAGAUGAAACCAUACAAAAAGGAAAGACAGCCAGAAACAGCAUGGCCGGGCUUUGCCUUAGUCUAAGUGAUCCUUGUAGGUGGCCAGGGUGUCAGGACUCCAUGGGUCAGUCUGCCCAGGAAGAGAGUGUGAGGGAGAACCAAGCAGCUUUCUCAGCAACGGCGCACAUAUACGUGCAGAGAGAGAGACUUCCCCGUGAAGGGGACAGAGUUGAGAGCGGUUAAAAACAGACUGCAUCUUAAAACUCCUCACUGGAGGGACUGUUACUGCAAGUCGAUCUUUUCUUUGGGUUUCUGAUUCUUAAACUCCCUUGUUUCCAUGUUUCAUGAGUAUUUAAAAUAACAAAAAAAAAAAAAAAAAAAAAAAAAAAAAAACUCAUAUCAUUUGCAAAACUCAAACUAUGGACCAUCCAAUUAAGUUAUUGAGAUUUUCCCGCAUGGCCAAGUGUGGAAAGUUGGGACAGGGGUGGAGUUCAUCCUAAACAGUUUUCCUUGUUCCCGUUGGAAAGGCGUCAGCUCUGCUUUGCUGAGUGCUCUGAGCUUUUAUGCACCGCCCCAUUCAAAAACUCUGCACCCCACUUUCGAGGUCCUGAUCUCCCUCUCCAGGCGCCCUGGAGAACUCAUCCUUAAUCAAAAGUCUUGCCAGCUCUUGCACGUGAUGGAAGAGGGAAGGAGUGUCAGUUUGUUCAAAGCAAGUAGGUAUGGUGUCUGUUCGCCCGUCAUCCUUAGAACAGGGUUCAACCAAGACUAUCCAGCGCUGUAACACUGAAUACCCGAGGGUAAGCCCACAUUCCUCUUGAGUUCUGCUACGUCUGUGUAAGUAAGGCCGCUGUUGUCUGAACCACCAGAGUCAUGUGAUCCUUAAACCAUUCACAAAAAAAGCUGCUAAGUAGUCUAACUUGAGGAGUCUCGGGUAGAGCUUUGCAUGGGACCAACAAGCAGGAUUACGUUAAGCUCAGUUCAUAGAGUACUACACAAGUCCAUAGGCCAAGGUCGCAAGUUCCCUGGGCUUUCUCUGUGGUUUUGGUUUUUUUGUGUUUUGUUUUGUUAUAAUAUAACCAAAAAAGUGUCUCUUAAGACCCAGGUCCCAGGGAGGUCUUCCAUAUACAUAUGCCAGGACUCUGCAUACUACUGUCAGUCUUGGGGAAGCAGGCUCCUCCAUCUGCAACCAAGUCAAUGUGAACACUCUGAAUGCCUUGGUCACACCUAUGAUCUAAGUGGUUAAACUUCCGAAAACAGAUCCAACAGAUUUCUGUUGCCCCAUGAGGUUAUGAAAAUGCAUUUGUAUUUAGUGUGCUUCCAUAUUUCAUUUAACUUGUUUUUGUUAUUUCUGAGUUUUGUUACUAU